UUCAGCUUUACAAUAAUUUCAGCUGAAAAACCACAUAGGCCACAAGUUGCCACUGAAGCAUCCUAGGACAAGAUUAAAACGAUUCAUUUAAGAUGAAAGGAAAAAACCUGGUUGCAUUGUUCCUAUGUAUAGCAAUGACAGGAGCUGCAGCCCAAACAAUGAAUGCAGCGCCGACUACAACUACAGCCCCGACUACAACUGCAGCCCCCACUACAACUGCAGCACCCACGACAACUGUAGCCCCAACUACAACUACAGCCCCUACAACAACUGUAGCCCCGACUACAACUGCAGCCCCCACCACAACAACUUCAGCCCCAACUACAACGACAGCCCCCACUACAACUGCACCCCCGACAACAACUUCAGCUCCCACAACAACUGCAGGCCCCACUACAACUGUAGCCCUGACUACAACGACAGCCCCAACUACAACUGUAGCCCUGACUACAACUGCAGCCCCCACUACAACAACUGCAGCCCCAACUACAACUGCAGCCCCGACUACAACUACAGCCCCCACUACAACUGCACCCCCGACAACAACUACAGCUCCCACAACAACUGCAGUGGCCACUACAACUGCAGCCCCCACUACAACAACUGCAGCCCCAACUACCACUGUAGCCCCCACUACAACUGCAGCCCCCACCACAACAACUUCAGCCCAAACUACAACGACAGCCCCCACUACAACUGCACCCCCGACAACAACUUCAGCUCCCACAACAACUGCAGGCCCCACUACAACUGUAGCCCUGACUACAACUACAGCCCCGACUACAACUGCAGCCUCCACUACAACAACUACAGCCCCUACUACAACUGUAGCCCCGACUACAACUACAGCCCCCACUACAACUGCACCCCCGACAACAACUUCAGCUCCCACAACAACUGCAGUCACCACUACAACUGCAGCCCCCACUACAACAACUGCAGCCCCAACUACAACUGUAGCCCCGACUACAACUACAGCCCCCACUACUACUGUAGCCCUGACUACAACUACAGCCCCGACAACAACUGCUGUCCCUACUACAACAACAACUGCAGGCCCCACUGCAACAACUGCAGCCUCCACUACAACUGUUGCCAUGACUACAACUGCAGCCCCAACUACAACAACUGCAGUCACUGCUACAACAAUUGCAGCCACUGCAACAACUGCUGCCCCCACUACAACUGUUGCCAUGACUACAACUGCAGCAUCAACAACAACUGCUGCCCCUACAGCAACAACUGCAGCCCCCACAGCAACAACAACUGCAGCCCCCGCUACAACAACUGCUGCCCCUGCUACAACCAGUUCAGCGCCUGCUACAACAACAACUGCAGCCUCAUCUUCAACUGCAGCCCCCACAGUAACAACUGCAGCUCCCGCUACAACGACUGCAGCCACAGCAACAACUGCAGCCCCCGCUACAACAACUGCAGCCACAGCAACAACUGCAGCCCCUGCUACAACAACAACUGCAGCACCAGCUACAACAACUGCAGCGCCAUCUUCGACUGCAGCCCCCACAGCAACAACUGCAGCCCCCGCUACAACAACUGCAGCCACUGCAACAACUGCUGCACCCGCUACAACAACCGCAGCCACUGGAACAACUGCAGCCCCCGCUACAACAACUGCAGCCACUGCAACAACUGCUGCACCCGCUACAACAACCGCAGCCACUGGAACAACUGCAGCCCCCGCUACAACAACUGCAGCCACAGCAACAACUCCAGCCCCCGCUACAACAACUGCAGCCACUGCAACAACUGCUGCACCCGCUACAACAACCGCAGCCACUGGAACAACUGCAGCCCCCGCUACAACAACUGCAGCCACAGCAACAACUCCAGCCCCCGCUACAACAACUGCAGCCACUGCAACAACUGCUGCACCCGCUACAACAACUGCAGCCACUGCAACAACUGCUGCACCCGCUACAACAACCGCAGCCACUGGAACAACUGCAGCCCCCGCUACAACAACUGCAGCCACAGCAACAACUGCAGCCCCUGCUACAACAACAACUGCAGCACCAGCUACAACAACUGCAGCGCCAUCUUCGACUGCAGCCCCCACAGCAACAACUGCAGCCCCCGCUACAACAACUGCAGCCACUGCAACAACUGCUGCACCCGCUACAACAACCGCAGCCACUGGAACAACUGCAGCCACAGCAACAACUCCAGCCCCCGCUACAACAACUGCAGCCACUGCAACAACUGCUGCACCCGCUACAACAACUGCAGCCACUGCAACAACUGCUGCACCCGCUACAACAACCGCAGCCACUGGAACAACUGCAGCCCCCGCUACAACAACUGCAGCCACAGCAACAACUCCAGCCCCCGCUACAACAACUGCAGCCACUGCAACAACUGCUGCACCCGCUACAACAACCGCAGCCACUGGAACAACUGCAGCCCCCGCUACAACAACUGCAGCCACAGCAACAACUGCAGCCCCUGCUACAACAACAACUGCAGCACCAGCUACAACAACUGCAGCGCCAUCUUCGACUGCAGCCCCCACAGCAACAACUGCAGCCCCCGCUACAACAACUGCAGCCACUGCAACAACUGCUGCACCCGCUACAACAACCGCAGCCACUGGAACAACUCCAGCCCCCGCUACAACAACUGCAGCCACUGCAACAACUGCUGCACCCGCUACAACAACUGCAGCCACUGCAACAACUGCUGCACCCGCUACAACAACCGCAGCCACUGGAACAACUGUUCUGCUUCCACGGUGACUCCUAACACCUGA